UGUAAAUAUGAAUCAGACUAGAAAGUAUUGAGGAUUUAUAAUGACUUUUAAACAAACACUUGGAUUUAAGACUUGCUAAAAAAUGAAAAAAAUGAAUUCCCCACAUCACAAAUCGCAACCUGACGAAUUACGGAAUACUCGCGUUAUUCAUAUAUCCCUCCGAAUGGAUUAACCCGCUGCCUUUACUGUACUUGACACUAUCGUGUAUACCUCAGUGUCUUCAAUAAAAAUGAGUGGAGUAUCUAGUCAUAAGAGUAGUGCAGCCUCCAGUGGAUUAUCCCAUACAACACUUGAUGAUGUCAAUCACGAUUUCUUUUUUGAUGUUGGAUAUAUAAAUAAAAAGAAUGUCUCGUGUGAUAAAGUUGCACUGGCUGGAAUAGCACGUCGUGGUGCAGUUGUCGAUGUUGGAACAAUAAUGGUGAGUGUAGCUGAUGUUUCUCUUUGUCACUGGGUGUAUUUGUAA